UGUAGUUUAACUUAAUUCCCGUGCCGGGCAACGUAACCAUGACAGCCGUGUUGUUAGCAGCGCUAGCAGUAGGAGCAUAGACGUCCACAUAAGAAAAGAUAGCGUGAAAAUUUCCCCUUCAAUAUGUAAAACGAUGAGACAGGUGUCCCUCAAAUAUACUUUUAAACGCAAGAAUGGCGGGAAGUGAGUUUUGAGGGAACAGUGAGUGGACGCUGCUCGUGUUGCUAUCGUGUUAGCUUAUACUGUAUGUGGAAAGAAGGUUAGCAUAUAACAAAAUGUCAUUAUUCCGCCUCGCCUGAGCCUCAAUGAUUCCCUGCGGGUUGAAGAUGCAGGAAGGCGAGGUGAGGGCUUGAGCCAUUAGACACGAAGAGAAGGAGAAUGAUUUCACGUUACAACAGGCGACCUGUACCACACAAACUAGAAAUCCGUGGUCUGUCUCGCAGUAGCCUAGACCACCACCCUCUGCCGGAGGAAGCAGACCAACAAGAUCAGAGUCCCCUUGAUGAUGUGGAAGAGGCCGGGUCCAUCCUCAAGAAUUCUGAGACAUUUGGUGCUUCGAGCCCCUCCAACUGCCCUACGGUUAUCUCUGUGGAAUCAAGCCGGUCCUGGUCAGGCAUCCACAGCUCCACAGGCACAGGCGUGUCCACAGAGAGGAGUUCUGUCUUCUCCUGGGGCUAUGAUGAGUUUGACAAAGCGGCUUCGCACCAAGUACAGCAAAUGUUUGAGGAAAUUGACAAAGAGCUGUACGAGGGUAAAGGCAGCGGUCGUGGGCUCCUUCCGGGUCUGCAGGAUGAGUGUCAACAGUGGGCCUCACGUUUCCCUCAUCUCCGGAUCUUGGGAACUCAGUUGGUGUGCCCCAGUGAUGAGGGUUUCCAGUGGUACAUGACUGCGGGAACUGUCGGGGAUGUCAUCAGCGGCUCCAUUUGCAGCCCCUCAACAUCCCAGCGAUCCAUCGGGAAGUCAAGUGAGAAAGAUGACAAUAUGGCUUUGAACGUGCUGGGCCGGAGCGCUGCACUACUCAAGUCCAACUCAGCAGAGCUAAACGAGCCUUCAGCUGCCUCAAGUGACUCCAGACCAAGAGUAAUUGAAGUAGAGGGUGACGUGGAGGAGUACCUGGCCUUUGACAGCAUCAGCUUGGAGGACAAACAGGACAGGGCUUGCCCAGAGCCAUGCCCCAGGCGUCGCUGCAUGCCUCCCAUCUCGCCAUACAGGUGUCGCCGUCAGGCUGUGCUCGAUCAUUUGUUCGACGACAUGUGGCGGCAGCUGGUGGGAUGCAUGAGCGAGCUCGUCCACCGGCAGUGGGAACAUUGCACCUCCUGUGAUGAAAGGCCUUCCUCGAAUUUGAGUCUAGUGCCGCCGAACUCUUUAAACUUGUUGUCCGCACUUCCGAACAUGCUGCCCAAACUCGGCCAGAGUCGUGCACUACCCCCGCCUCCACUCGUCCCUGGCUUGCCCUUUCAGAAGUCAAGGGGCUCAAAGCACAAGUCCCGCCGGAAGCCCCAAAAGCAGAAAAGGCCACCCAGUGCCGGAAAGGUUUCAAUGGGAAGCACCCAGCACAACCUGAAUGACCUCAUCAUGAUCCAUAGCAUCCCGCUGCAACAGAGGAAUCUGGCUGCGCUGCACAGAACUCACGCGCCAGAGCAGGAAUCCCUCAGACCGGGCUCUGGCAUGGGACCUACAAGCAGGCACCGCCCUCGCCGGAUCCUGGAGCAGAGCUCGUCAUCACUGAGCCGCCCACCCCAGUCAGCCCGCCGCAGAAACCUGGCGCCCCGCACCCUCCAGCCUCUCAAUCCUAGCCUGGGUCAAUCCAGCAUGGCCGGAUCUAUGGAUGAGGUCAUCCGAGGUACACGACUGAAUAUGCUUCUGCCACCCAUUGGUGCCGGAGACACAGAGUUGUCCCUGUCAGGACAUCAGUCCAGAGCUGCUCAGCGCCAGAAGGGAUCAUCUAGCCGAGCGCACAGUGCCCUAAAUGAUGAGGUUGUCACUUCCAUUCCAAGGGAUCGCCUUUACCCCCUGGAUGUUUUCUCACGGCCCAACACAACACACACAUACAGGUCCGACACUCCUUACCGGCGCUCUUUCACCGUGAUGGACAACAUCGGACAGGGGAGGCACGGCAGGGCCUCUGUAACCACAGACUCCCUUGGCAUCGGCGUGACAGGUGUUAGCCUUGGCAUCGGCAGCUCGUCUUUCCUUGACUCGUCUUCCCACCACCCGUCUAGUCGCUGGCCAAUCAGGGACAAGGAUGAGGAAACAGACUUUCAAAGCACACAACCAGUUCCAUUGAUGCCUGUGUCCAUCCCACCUCGAUCUCACAGCCGCGGAGGCGUCUCAUACAGGUCCAGCAGAACAGGACUGUAGCUGGUGGCUUUCAAAUGUCUCCAGUCUUCAAGCACUUUAGCCAUUCUUUUUAUAAAGCACAGUGAAUUGCCCACAUGUUUUUUUUUUUUGUUGUUUUACAGAAAUGUUUCAUAUAAUGCAGCUUGGUUAAAGUUCUAUUUUUGUAUCUCAAAUCAGCUUCUGCAGCUGCCAAAAGAACAACACUUAGUUAUUGUAAUGGUUUCUAAAAAAAAUUACAAAAUGU